GUCGCCUUCAAGAAAGCCCCAGGGGGCGCGGGGUUCUUUCCGGCGCAGGCGCAGUCGAGGCCGCCGAGAAGGAAGCGGCGAUGGCGAACAGCAAGGCCGCCGACUCCAAGCGGGAGCAGUUCCGGCGCUACUUGGAAAAGUCCGGGGUGAUGGACUCGCUCACCAAAGUCUUGGUCGCCCUGUACGAAGAGCCCGAGAAGCCCAACUGCGCCCUCGACUUCCUGAAGCACCACUUGGGGGCGGCUGCUGCGCCGGAGAACCCCGAAGUGGAGGCCCUGCGGCUGGAAGUGGCCGAGGCGAAAGAGAAGUACGAAGCGGUGCUGGAAGAGAACAAGCGGCUUAAGGCGAAGCUAAUGCAGUAUGAACCACCUCAGGAAGAGAAGCGGGGAGAAUAAGGUUCUUUGCAUGCUAC